AUGUUGAGGCUUCUCCUUCUCGGGCUGCUGGCUGCUCACGCAGCUGCCCUGAGAUAUGUUAUGUACAUUGAUCAAUAUCAUAAAGACAAUCUGCCGGAGCCUGAUCAGACCCAAGGGAUCACGCAUGCUAUCAUGGCCUUCGCAAAGUCUGACCUCUUUAACUCAGACUCGCCUCCACAGUUCACUCCUUUUGAACCAAUCUCUACGAUGCGAGGCCGUUUCUCCAAGGAUACCAAAGUAAUGAUCGCAAUUGGUGGUUGGGGAGACACAUCUGGCUUCUCCGCAGGAGCAAAGGACAAUACUACAAGAGCACGAUUUGCGAAGAAUGUCGCUGCCAUGCUGGAUUCCUUGGGAGCUGACGGCGUCGACAUUGAUUGGGAAUACCCUGGUGGAAACGGUCAAGACUACAAGCAGAUUCCUAAUUCCGCUAAAGUCGAUGAGAUCGAAACUUAUCCUCUUUUCCUCCAAGCUAUCCGAGAUGCUAUCAGUAAAGACAAGCUGCUCUCAAUUGCAGUUCCAGGACUCCAACGUGACAUGAUCGCAUUCACAAAGGAGCAAGGUCCAAAAAUAUUUGCUCCAGUGGAUUUCGUCAACGUCAUGACCUAUGACCUUAUGAACCGCCGCGACAAUGUGACCAAACAUCAUACGAGUGUCCAGGGCUCACUUGAGACCAUCAACAACUAUCUGGACAUUGGAAUGGACCCUGCCAAGGCCAACCUCGGUUUUGCGUUUUACGCCAAAUAUUUCACGACAGACCCAUCAUCCGACUGUGCAACUGAGCCCCUUGGAUGCAAAGUUGUGCCGCUGGAGAACCCAGAUGGAAGUGACAACGGCAAGUCGGGGGCUUACACGUUUGAGCCCAUCCACAUGGCUCCUCCACCAUCGAAUCUGAAGACUUCGACCGAUGGCACGUGUGGGAUUGAUAAGGGAAAAUGUCCCGAAGGUUUGUGCUGUAGCCAGUACGGUAAUUGUGGCACUACAGAUGAAUUUUGCCAGGUUGGCUGCCUUUCUGACUACGGCACUUGCAAGGGUGUCUCUGUCACCGAUUCCUGGCGUAAGGCGCAGAGCGACGGAAAGACAGAUGAGGAAGCUGGUGGUCAGUAUUACUGGGACGCUGACAACCAGCUGUUUUGGUCAUGGGAUACGCCAGACCUUAUGGCGAAGAAGUUCACGGACAUUGUUUCGGCGAAGAAGCUGGGAGGUGUCAUGGCCUGGAGUCUUGGAGAAGACAGUUACGACUGGAGCCACGUGAAGGCCUUGAGGGAUGGUGUCAACAGUUUGACGACCUCGACAUAA